AUGCAUCCUCAACUAUCUGGAUUGAUUUUGGCGCUGCUGACGGCGGCGACAACUGCAAGGACCAUUUAUAGGUUCCCCCAAGAUGAUGUCAAACUCACCCCAUCAGUCCCGACGGAGCUCGUCCGCAGGGAUCUUGAUCAUACGGAAUCCUUCAGCUGGUCUGCGGUAGAUUCCUCCAUCAUUGACAUUGAUGUGAGCCCAAACAACUUGGAAGUCAACUGCACCAGUUGUCAGCUUUCAGGAAGUGUUCGAGCACAGUUUGACGAAAGAUUUGAUGUUUGGAAAUCAGAUCUCAAAAUAUCUUUCUCUCAAACCACAGCCCAUGUCGAUCUCAACAUUCUCGGUGGUUCUGGCAGCGAAGUGACCGUUCCCUUGUGGAAUAUCGGCGGCAUCAGUGUACCUGGCGCUCAAGCCACGUAUGGUCUCGGCUUUUACAUCGAAUUGGCGAUUUCGGUUCUCGGCGACCUAGAGGCGACAGGUGGUUUCGAGUUUACCAUCCCCGAUGGAUCAUGGAUUGCUGCAAGCUUGACUGGCGAUGUUGUUGACGCCAAUUUCGACGGCGCAGAAAGCCAAAUGCUGGCAUGGGAUGUCGUUCGUGGCUCCACAACACUUAAGGUUUCGCUUCGGCUACGUUCCGAGCUUGGUGUGAAUACUAAGCUUGUUGGAAUUGGGUCGAGCGCCGUAGUGGGCGUCUAUCUCAAUCUCUUCGAGACCGUCAUCACUCUCGAAGAUGAUGACAACAAUGAGACGUGUGCGCUUGAAGCUACAGAGUCCUGGAACAUCAACGCCGGGGCCUAUGUCGAAGCUGAUGUUGACCUCGACAACUUCACUUUGGACAUUGCUCCCACCAAGUCGACUACAAUUUUCACUGGUCCAACUUUCACUCAAUGCCUAGAGGAAAUCACGUCAACCGACGGUAGUACACUCUCAAUGAGUACCCCUGUCUACGCUACUCCAUCCGAGACAGGACUCGACAGUGGUCCUGUUGUCACGACAACGCCAGAUUGUGAGGAGGUUGAUAACAAAGCCAGCGUCACAGAAGCAACAUACGUCACCGAAACUGCAUACGUCACGACAACGCCAGAUUGUGAUGAGGCUGACAACGAAGCAAAUGUCACGUACGUCACUACAACUGUAUACGUCACCCCAACUUCAGUCUGUGAGGGGUUCAUCACAGCGACGCCUUCUCUGAAAACAGUUGUACACUACGACUAG